UCUCCUCUACAACGGUACAAUCGCCAUUUUGAGAGCAGGAUAGAACUGGUUCGACGAGCCUACGAGUGAAGACAGUAAAAAGCUAGCUUUAUAAUUCAAAGAGACUUCAACGCUCGACACCCAGUUGUCAUCCGAAAGGAAAGAGAAUCUUAUCGUAUGUCCGCUAUCCAGAACCUCCAAACUUUUGACCCCUUUGCUGAUGCAUCUAAGGGUGAUGACCGGCUCCCAGCAGGGACUGAGGACUACAUCCACAUAAGAAUCCAGCAACGCAACGGAAGGAAGACUCUGACUACAGUCCAGGGCAUUGCUGAUGACUAUGACAAGAAGAAGCUAGUCAAAGCCUUCAAGAGGAAAUUCGCCUGCAAUGGGACUGUGAUUGAGCACCCAGAGUAUGGUGAGGUGAUCCAGCUGCAAGGGGAUCAGCGUAAGAACAUUUGCCAGUUUUUGACGGAGAUUGGCCUGGCGAAAGAGGAGCAGCUCAAGGUCCACGGAUUCUAGAAGCUGCCUUGACCCUCCCCCGCUCUCCCACUCCCUCCCUCCUCUCCCGCCUGCCCUCCCCCCUCUCUGGGCUCUGAUGUUUAACCCUGUGCUGCCUCCAUUGCGGCCCUUUAACUGAUGUUGAUCAUUACCUCGAAAAUGAGAGACUUAAUAACCUGUGUGGCCCCCUGGACACAGGGGUCAGUCCAUCGCCACACACAUGGACGGACGGCUUCACAAAUGAUACGGGACGAAUGGUGAUAUUUUUUUUUCUUUUUCUUUUUUUUUAAUUUCCCCUGCUCUCUUUACCCCUUUUUUCUAAUUUUAAGCCUAGUGCCGUUCUCGAGGGCACAGUUUCAUGUAACUCUCUUUGUUUUGUACAACCCGUGACAAUAAAACAUUAUGACGCCA